AUGGCGAACCGUAGAGUCGUCCGUAAACCUAGCAGUCAGGGUUCUAAGGGCAAUCAUGCAUCAUCAGCAGGAGGUAGUAAACAACGUUCUGGGGGCAAACAGACAUCACAUGAUUACACUUCUCAUCAUGCAUACCGUAUACAUGCACCAUAUGAGUCUGCUCCUAGUCGUGGUGACGCUGGAGCUCCAUCACAUGAUUCCACUCCUACUAGCCGUGGAGGCUCCAGAUCUACAUUACAUGAGUCGCCUCCUACUAGUCGUGGAGGCACUAGACUGGCACUACAUGAUUCUCCUGCUACUUGUCAUGGAGGCGGUAGAGUACCUAUAUUAAAUGGAGUUGGCAUAUCUAUAUCGCAUGACUUCAUUCCUACUAUUCUCGGACAUAGUAUAGUGACACCGUCGACUGAUGUUGAUAUUAGGAUGUUAGCCAUUGGGGAUCACGUUGAUCCUGUUCAUGUAGAUCCAGUGGGUGGUUAUCUUCGGUUAUUACAAUAG